UGGGCCACCGUAGCGUCCGUCACAGCCGGAAGUUUACGUUAGUGAUUUCUUGAAGGUACCUGCUUGGCCCAACGCUAGACUGCACAGGAUACAAGAUACCGCACUUAAAAAAAUAAAAAUAAAAUAUUACACGUACUGGCAUUUAUGCGCACUGUAUUAAUGUAACAUUAUAAGCAUGGCUGCGGAGUUUUUAGUGCUGCUGUAUGAGUAUUCUCCUCUCUUUUACAUUACUGUCAUAGCAGUAUGUUUCAGUAUCACUGUGGCUGUUGUGUUGGGCUGGUUUGGAUUUGAAGUCCCGGUCAUUUUACGCAGUCCAGAUGAGACUGGAUCUCUCACACCUGUCAAUGAGAGGAAGAUGGUGCAGGUGACCAACCCCUUCGCUCUGGAGAUGGGCUCUGCGGCUGCUUUGACAGUCACUGAGGGUGUGAGUUUGCGGCCGUAUUGUCUUGAAGACAGCGUCCUGAGCUGUUUUUGGGGCUGUGGGGUCCAGGCUCUCCAGGCGGCCCUUCAGAGUCACCAGUGUGGGCUCCGGCUCCGGCUCCGCACACCAGAGCAGUUUCAAGAGGCUCUGGAAUUAAACUACUACCAUCAUCAAAGCUUCAAUAUACAUAAAGAAGAAAAAGAAGAAUACUUCACUCAGAUGCCGCCAGAUCUCGGAGUGACCCAUUUUGGGCUGCUUCCCCGGGAUCGAUACCCCUUGGUGGCUGUGUUGACACUUGCCAAUCCAGAAACCAGAGACAACUACAAUAUUGUGGCCAGUGUGACAGUGUUGCACGUUCCUGAUGACAAAUACAGACUCUCUGCGAGGAUCCUGUUUCAGUAUCUUCUCACGGCACAUGGGAAUUUGUACGACCUGAAGCCUCUCUUCAUGUCAGCAGACAACAGCAACUUGUCUGGAAUCACAGAGCCUUCAACUAGCACUCAAGGGGCGGAGCCACAGCCCGAAAGGCCAGGUGAGAAGUGGGAGGAGUCUGAUGCAGAAGGGGAGUGGCCUGAUGCUCAAGGCAGGGAUUGUGUGGUGUGUCAAAACGCACCAAUAAACAGAGUGCUGUUGCCAUGCAGACAUGCAUGUGUAUGCGACGGCUGCGUGUGCCACUUCCAGCACUGUCCGAUCUGCCGGGCAUUUGUCCUCGAAUCUUUUGCUCUGGCUAACCGACCAGCUCGUGAUGACGAAGAAGAGGAGGAGGACUUAACAGAAGACUAAGCCUGUGUAAACUCAGUAUUAAAAGCAAGCCUUUGCUGCAAAAGCUAAACUAGAAAAGGAAAUGUAUCAUCUUUAAGAUUAAGAGAUGCACGCAGGUGACCUUUAUCCCCGAGUAUGGAUACUUCUAGAAUUAUGUCAGUUUUAGGCUUUUGAAGUUGAGUGUACUUGUAUAUAGAGAUUUUAAGUUGAAUAGAAUAUUUAUUUAUUUUCAUCAAUGUGUUGGUUUAACUAGCAAAUAUACAUUUCAGAAGUAAUCAUUGCGGAGUUUAGGAGAGAUAUUGUGGAAACAACAUGGGGGUUUAUCUAAUUUCUUUAAUCAUUGACUUUAAUGAUGUGGGGAAAAGCAGGCCAGGCACACACAGUUUAACUGAUCACACAGAUUUCUACACAGAAGUCUACACUUGGCCAACAGGUAAAUACCUUUUAUAUUCAAACUGGGGCUAAACAAAGCAUUAACUGAACAGCUGAAGUCACUUGAUGGUAGUAGUAAUUGCAAUGGAUCCUCAGAAUGCUUUAAAAUAUUGAAAAAGAAGUGUUGUGUCCAUGGACAGUA